AUAGCUUUCACGUGACGUCACAUCCGCGCGCUUGCUGCCGCGGCCGCCAUCUUUGCGAACCGCUUGUCGCUUGUCUGACGCGCGCGCGCUGCGAGGAUCCGUCGAGCAGUGGUUUUCUCUGUCGUGACAGGCUUUUUACUCGCACAUGCCAGCAUUUCCGACUGCACAGCCCUUUUGCGGGGGCUACUUCUCGCAGUUGAUUGGAUCUGCGCGUGUACGGUACAAAGAAAAGAUUGAACUGUGCGAGAACGUCGAUCCCUACACACUCCGUCUGGGAACGGACACAAGUGCCGACGCCAGCCUGUUGCCGAGUGUCGCUCACGGUGACAUCGUCACCUACUUGGUAUUCUCCACCAGCUUUGUGACUCUGGAGCAGAUGAAGGCCUACAAAGCGCUGGAGUCCCACAAUUAUUUCACGAGUGGUUGGGUCAAGAGUUUGUCAGCGAAGAGGCUCGGAGAAGACAAAGUGCUCCUACUUGGAGAGGUGAACCACUCUCAAAGGUUGGGAGAGUGCCCUCUAAAGGUGUGGGUGCUGUGCAAGCAGAGCGGCGCCGUAGUGACUGGACACUGUACCUGCAUGGCAGGGACUGGGGAGACAUGCUCACAUGUUGGUGCCUGCCUGUUCGCCAUUGAAACAGGUGCCCGGCUCAACCAGUCGACUACCUGCACUCAGAAGGAGAAUGCCUGGCUGCCGGCUUAUGUUGAGAAGGUGAAGUACAAAAGACUUAAAGACAUAGACUUCAGUUCCUCGAAAGAAAAGAAGCGUCGCCUCGAUGCAACAAGCAGUGGAUCAAAAGAAACCAAAGUGCCAAAGCAACGAAAAGGCAUUUCAGCCCCAUCACCGACUGAGCUCAAGGAGCUUUAUGCGGCAUUCAACACUACAGGUGUUGUACCUGCUAUAUUUUCCCUGCUGCCCGACUAUUGUGAACGCUUUCAAGAACCCGUUCAAAGAACAGUUGCUCACCUGAGAGACCUCUACUCAGAUACUCAUGCAGCAGAUGAUCUGGAAACUCUUGUCGCAAAAGCUGACACUUUUAUGUCAACAUUCAUCGUCAGUGAAGAAACCGUCAAGUCUGUGGAAGCUCGCACAAAAGACCAAAGCAGGUCAAGGGAUUGGUUUUUACACCGGGCUGGUCGUGUGACUGCUUCUGUGAUGAAAAAUGUAUGUUGCACAAGUGUUCUCAAGCCCAGCAUAUCACUUUUGAAAGGGAUAUGCUACCCUGAAAAGCGCUCGGUGAAGACACCUGCUGUUACAUGGGGACUGACACAUGAGCAAGAUGCCUUUAAAGCAUUUCAAGACAGCCAGCAAGACAAGCACCAAGGCUUCCGUUGCGUGAAGGCUGGUCUGCACUUGAGUGCUGAUUAUCCUUUUGUUGGCGCCACACCAGAUGCUCUCGUCUGCUGCAGUUGCUGUGGCAAGGGCGUAGUUGAAUUUAAAUGCCCAUACUUGCUACGGAAUGCUGAAGAACUAACAGAGCUCUCGGCUCCCAACUCGUGCCUCUGCACCGUCAAUGGCGUCAUGCAGCUGCGAAGGCAGCAUGCUUAUUAUUUUCAGAUUCAAACUCAAAUGGCAGUGUGCCAAGUUGACUUCUGCUACUUUGUUGUUUGGACUCCUAAUGUUUUAUUCGUAGAAAAAAUCUUGAAAGAUGACGAGUUUUGCACCAGCAUGAUGGCUACUGCCAAAGAAUUCUUUGUGAAAGCUAUCCUACCCGAGCUGUUGAGCCACUAUUUUACUAGGCAACUCAAAUAUCCAGAUCAGACGGCCAGUGAGGAUGCGUACUGCUUCUGCCGAGGGCCAGAGACUGGCAAAAUGAUCGCCUGUGACAGCAGCUCCUGUCAGUACAAGUGGUUUCAUUUUUCAUGCGUUGCUCUGAAAAAAGCGCCAAAAUCUAAGCAUUGGUUUUGCCCUGAAUGUAAAGGCGCUAAGGAGAAUGCUUGAAGGGAUACCGACAAGACAGUGUCCAAAAUAAAGUGUUUUGAAAGCACAUGCUGUUUCAUUCUCAUUUCUAGUGGUUUUAUGCAAAAACUUCAGUAUUAUUAA